CCUCAAAAAGAAUGGACUACGUAAGAGAUAUACAAAAUUUAUUGCUCAAACCAAGAAUAAUGGAUAGUGACUCAAUGUUCAACUAUGGUCAAUCUCCUUUUCAAUCAGGGAUAGUCAACAGGUCAUCUAGCUCAGCUGACUCUACUUCUCCUGAGACCUAUUUCGAGAAUGCAGUCAAUAUUUGUCAAACUGUAGACCAUUUCCGCAUGAGGACCAGAUCAAAUACACCAAAGCAUGUUUAUGAAACACCGAAACUUAGUUAUGAAUCCCCAACACCUAUCAGUUGUCGAUAUGGAUCAUUUACGAAUAUUUUUGAACCAACAUUUGAGACCAGUGCCCAAAAUGUGGACCGAACAGCAUCAAUAUAUGAACCAAACAACCCGACAUUUGAAUCCCCCACUAACUUGAGACAGAUAUUUGACACACCUCUGCAAAUGAGACGUCAACAUCCGAUUGUUGGUAGAAAGAUUUUAGGAAGAAACUCGCAACCAAAACUUGAGCCCAAAACUGAACAAGAAAUGGAUAUAUGGCCAACAGACAUUUCAGGCCAGACACCACCGGAUGCACAAAAAAGCUAUGAGCUCUUUCCUUCUGAUAGAGGCUUUCAGUUCAGUUCUUCAGUUAAACCAAAUCUAUCACCCGGUUAUAACAGAAGCAUCAAAAACAUAUCACCAAUGACCAACCCUUCUCCAACAUAUACUCCAAGGAUGCCUAUCUCACCUAAUUUUUCACCAUCAACACAGUUCAACUUCACUAAUCCAUUUAAGCCUUCCAACAUGGCAUGUUCAUUAAAUAAUGAAACGGGCCAAAAAAUGUGUACUUUCUGUCGGAAGAACGGUGAAACACCUGUAGUUUACAUGACUCACAGUGUUAAAGAGAAACUUGGUAACAACUAUGUAGUAACAUGCCCCAUUCUAAGAUCUCAUGUUUGUUCCAUCUGUGGCUCUUCAGGAGAUAACGCGCACACAAUAACCUACUGUCCAGUCUUGAGAAGUACGAACGAUGGCAAGCCUCUCAAGUCAACAACGAUUACUCUAAAAAAUACCCGCAUCAAAAGUAAUGGUAGGAGACGCUAUUAACUUCACAAUCCUUUGACUAUUUAUACUAAAGGUUCAAUUAGUAUAAGAAUAUUUUUGAGUGAGAAUGAUAGACUAGAUAUAAAAGACUAAUUAUUAUAUAAUCUAAGUGUUCAUAAAACAUUUUC